GUGACGUCACCGCGCGACUGUCUAGUCAACAACUCAGCUGUUGUGGGGCGACCGCGGGAAAAAAAAUAUUCCACGUAAUCCAUCGGCCGGUUCCAGGGAGGGACUGUGGACUUCCGCGGGAUCACUGUGGCUGUGUGUUCGGAGAACAUAACGGGAAUCCAUCAGCAUUCGUUCUUCAAAUACAAGCCGAGACACGUUGAGGCUGGAACAGCGGAGGUUUAAAUCUAGGACAGUCUCACGAGAGGAAGGAAAAUGGAGUUGGAUGACGGAGUUGUGUACCAGGACGACCCGGGGACAUCGGCGAUAAUGUCGGAGAGGGUCUCGGGCCUGGCCAACUCCAUCUACCGCGAAUUCGAGAGACUCAUCCGCAAAUACGACGAGGACGUGGUGAAGGAGCUGAUGCCGCUGGUCGUGGCGGUGCUGGAGAACCUCGACACGGUGUUCGCCGAGAACCAGGAGCACGAAGUGGAGCUGGAGCUCCUGAAAGAGGACAACGAGCAGCUCAUCACACAGUACGAACGUGAAAAGGCGCUGAGGAAACACGCCGAGGAGAAGUUUAUUGAAUUUGAAGAUUCCCAAGAGCAAGAGAAGAAGGAUUUGCAGAACCAUCUGGAAAGCCUUUCAUCACAUUCCCGUCAACUGGAGCUGAAGAUCAAGAACUAUGCUGACCAAAUAAGUCGAUUAGAGGAGCGAGAGGCUGAACUCAAGCGCGAGUAUAAUUCCCUUCAUCUGCGGCAUACAGAGAUGAUCCACAACUACAUGGAACAUGUGGAACGGAUCCGGAUGCAGCAGACGGGAGGAGAGGCCUCGGACACAGGAACAAUUGGCCGAGUCCGGAAAGAGCGGCCCCUGUCUCUGGGAAUCUUCCCCAUGUCCGGCGGUGGCACUUCACUGACGCCUGACAUUCAGGGCAGAGCUGAGACUCCUGGAAUGGAGGGCUGGAGAUUCAACAACCUCAGUAAUCAGCGCUCUAGCGCCAGCCUCAAGUUGGAGGCGGAGGACGCUCCAAAGAAAAGGGAUGGUAAGGAUGUUCUGGAAGCUUGGGAUUCGCUGGCAAACGACUGCAAGGAUGAGCUGUCUGACCUCAGCCAGGGAGGCUCAAAGUCUGUCACUCCCAUGUCUACCACGGCCUCUGAUUUGGCCCUGGACUCACACAGAGAGGAUGGAGAUGGAUUCUGGAAGAACACAGAAGUUCAGGCUGUUCCAGGGACCAGGAGCGUCUCUGCGGGUCUGGCUGAUAAUGACGAGAAGUCGGAUGUUCAGGCCAUUAUUGAGUCCACACCGGAGCUGGACAUGGACCUCGGAUAUAAAGGUUCAAGCACCCCGACCCGAGGGAUUGAGAACAUGGCGUUUGAUAGAAAUACGGAGUCUCUCUUUGAAGAAGUGUCGUCAGCGGGCACGGGUUUGAUUGGAGACGUGGAUGAAGGAGCAGAUCUGUUGGUGGAGUACUCCGUGCAUGCGCUUUCACACCUGAGUCUGUCCGGCAUGGGUCGUGAAGUGGAGAAUCUUAUUCAGGAAAAUGUGCAGUUGCUUGAGACAAAAAAUGCAUUGAACGUGGUAAAGAACGAUCUGAUCGCUCGUGUGGAUGAGCUCUCCUGUGAGAAGGAAGGUCUUCAGGGGGAGCUGGAUGCGGUUUUGCAGGCCAAAGCCAAACUAGAAGAGAAAAACAAGGAGCUGGAGGAGGAACUCAAAAAAGUGAAAACAGAGGCCGAGGUGGCCAAACAGAACAAUAAUAAAGAAGAAGAUGAGAGCGAUGUGCCCACAGCUCAGAGGAGGAGGUUCACGCGGGUGGAGAUGGCUCGAGUCCUGAUGGAGCGAAACCAGUACAAGGAGAGACUCAUGGAGCUGCAGGAGGCCGUCAGGUGGACGGAAAUGAUCCGAGCUUCAAGGGAAAACUCUGAAGUUGCAGAGAAGAAGAGGUCAAGCAUCAGGCAAUUCUUCAGUCGGCUGUUCAGUUCCUCCAGUUCUUCAACGUCCAGCAACACAGCGAGAGGUUUACCGUCCAACGUCAAAUACAACCCACCCAGCAUCAUGAAGAAGAGCAACACCUUCUCCCAGUUCCCAAGAGAAAAGUCCAAAGCGUUCGACUUCCUCAAAGAAGAAGUGGAUUCGAGUGGUUCUCUGUCCCGCCGAGAGCAGAAGCGUGCUCAAUACCAGCAUGUGAAAGCCCAUGUGCAAAAGGAAGAUGGCAGAGUCACAGCACAUGGCUGGAGUCUCCCUGGCAAAUACAAGGUUGCUAAUGGUGGCCACAUGGAGAACAAAAUAAACCUACCAGUUCCUGUGUGUCUCAGACCACUGGAACAGAAAGAUGCUUCUAUGAAGCUCCUGUGUGCAGCUGGAGUGAACCUCUCAGGUGGAUGGUCAUGUGAGGGAAGCUCUGGCCUUUCUGGUGAAGAGACUGCAGUGGAGACAGACGCCUCCAAACAGAGGAAAGGCUCCCAGAGCAGCCUAGAUCAGCCAGAGCAGGAACCUAAGGAGCAGGAACGGGAGCAGACGGUGCAUGUGGAGAUGUCCAGUCGUGUUUGGAUCUGUACGAGCACUCACUCCUCCACAAAGGUGAUGAUCAUGGAUGUGACACGGCCAGACGACCUGCUGGACAGCUUCUACGUCUGCAACUCAUGUGUGCUGUGUAUCGCCAGCGUACCAGGAGUCUUGGAGACAGACUAUCCUGCAGGGGAGGAGAUUCCUCAGGACCUGGAGGCGGGGCCAGACUCUUUAUUGGCCAGCAGCAGCUCUCAGGGCAGCGAGGGUGUGUUGAGUGACGUGUCAGCGGUGGGCUGCAGCGUUGAAGAGUCCAGCACUGGAUCUCAGGCGGGCAGCACAGGGGGCAACGAACAGUCAGCAGAACAGAGUCCUGCCAGAGGAAGUGAUCUUUCCAGAGCUCCCAGUGAAGACGGGGUCCCUGCGCCAGAGGAAGCUAUGGAGGCCACUGAGGAAGACCAGGAAAGCCCGGGACAGGACAGCAGCCAGCCAGGAAUCUACACGGAGCAUGUGUUUACAGACCCACUGGGAACAGAGUCUUCUGGCGCUUCAACAGGAAACGAUAACCAGAGGGAGUCUGAUCAGGACAGGGACGAUAUGGCCUCAGCAGAUGGAAAGACGAAUUUGGCAAAAGAAGAGACCCAGCGCAUGAGCAGCGCACUGCCCACCAUGUGGCUGGGCGCUCAGAAUGGCUGUUUAUACGUGCACUCAUCUGUCGCUCGAUGGAGGAAGUGUCUUCAUGCUGUCAAGCUGAAGGAUUCCAUAUUGAACAUUGUUCAUGUGAAAGGCCGUGUUUUGGUGGCUCUGGCUGACGGUACACUGGCCAUCUUUCACAGAGGUCUUGACAGCCAGUGGGAUUUAACCAACUACCACCUCCUUGACCUCGGCCGGCCCCAUCACUCAAUCCGCUGCAUGACUGUCGUGCAUGAUAAAGUGUGGUGCGGCUACAGAAACAAGAUCUACGUGAUUCAGCCCAAAGCGAUGAAAAUAGAGAAGUCAUUUGACGCCCACCCGCGUAAGGAGAGUCAGGUGCGUCAGCUGGCCUGGGUGGGUGACGGUAUCUGGGUUUCAAUCCGGCUAGACUCAACUCUCCGCCUCUUUCACGCUCACACCUUCCAGCAUCUCCAAGAUGUGGACAUAGAACCGUAUGUCAGCAAAAUGUUAGGAACGGGAAAACUGGGCUUCUCUUUUGUGAGGAUCACGGCUCUAAUGGUUUCCUGUAACCGGCUGUGGGUGGGAACAGGAAACGGUGUCAUCAUCUCCAUCCCUUUAUCAGACUCUGUAGGUCAGUGUGGAUAUCUAGGUCAGAGGGCAGCUAAUAAGACUGUAGGAGCGAUCGCCUGUCGUCCAGGUGGGGCGGUGCGAGUGUAUGGCGAUGACACUGUGGAUGGUGCGGUGACGGGUUCGUACGUACCGUACUGCUCCAUGGCACAUGCUCAGCUCUGCUUCCAUGGCCACAGAGAUGCUGUUAAAUUCUUCGCUACAGUUCCAGGUCAGGUUAUUGUGCCAGGAGCUGAGGGUACGACUGAGAACUCAGACUCUUCAGCCAUGGACGGCAAGAGCAUGCUCAUCAUGAGCGGAGGAGAGGGAUACAUCGACUUCAGGAUCGGUGAUGAGGAUGGUGGUUUGGGACGAGAUGAAGAUGAUGAAUCAGCCGAACCCACUUUGAAGCUGCAGUCGGCUCCUGCCAAACCCGAGCGCAGUUAUGUUAUAGUGUGGCAGGUUGCUUUAGGCAGUGAGUGACCGAUAAAUCACUGCUGCAGGUUCAACAGAGAACUCUAGGUCAACCCACAUGGGCUUAUUAUUUAACGUCAUACUAUUCUUCUUAUUAAUACAGAUAUUAUUAUUAUUAUUAAUAGUGUUGUUCUUAAUACCUACAUCACAAUGAGUUCUAAUAUUUGUGCUUAGAUGUUUAUUUAAUAAUAUUAUUGUUUUGUAUGAAUCUGGCAUUGACAGAAAAGAUAUCAGUGUUAAAAUGAAGGAACAAAUUGGAAACUUGAAGUCCGUCCACAGUUAUAUUGCAACUAUAUGAAAAUCCUGUGCUACAAGUUUUAAAGAAAUAGUUUUCUCAAAAAUGAACAUUUGCUAAAAAUGUACUUACCUUCAGGCCUUCCAAGAUGUAGAUGAGUUUUUCAUCAGAACAGAUUUGGAGAAAUUUAGCAUUACAUCACUUGCUCACCAGUGGAUCCUCUGCAGUGAAUGGGUGCCGUCAGAAUGAGAGUCCAAACAGCUGAUUAAAAACAUCACAAUAAUCCACAAGUAAUCCAAAACACUCUAGUCUGUUACUAGAAAAAGCCAUUUCCACUGCAGUUUUGCGAAAUGUUCCUUUUUUUCGAAUUGCCUGAAAAACCACUUAACACGAGCGUAAAAACUAUAUAUUAGAGUUUUUGUGUAAUUUACGUGUUUGCGUAUUUUCAAUUCGCAGUUUUAAUUUGCGCAAUUUAAAGGGUAAUGGAAACGCAGCUACUCAGUGUCUUGUCAGGUACAAAGCUGUGUGUUUGUAAGAAACAAAUCAAACAUUAAGAUGUUUUGCUACAAGUCCUAAUAUCCAUAUUGUUUUUUCCAAUGAAAAAGAUGUCUUGUAUGAAUCAGGAGAGAAAUAUGCACAGAUCAAGCACCAUUUAUGAGCAAAAACAGUCCAAAACAAUAUAGCAGUGGAUUUUGAUGUGAGAAAACAACAAGGGAUGGACUUUUUCACUAGAAGCAGCAUUAUUAUGGAUCAUGGACUCAUAUUUUGGCCAGAAGCAACAGUUCAAAGUUAAAAACUGGGUUUGUUUGUUACAAACACAAAGCUUUUGGGUUCACAAGAUGUUAACUGCAACGGGUCCUUGAAAUCCUUUAAAGUUUGUGAAUCUGAAAAAAAAAAAAAAAAAUUCAAGGCCCUGGAAAGUUUUUGAAAAUAAACAUACAUAGAUACAGGUCCUUGAAAGUUGCUUGAAGUUAUUUUGUGCAAAAAGUUGUCUGAAAAAAAAAUUCCAUAUUUCCUCCGGUCCGCUAAUGUGUUAUUUCGUCAACACUUUGUGACAUAUACAUACUAGCUUGUUAGGGACCCGUACGUCCUCUUUUCUCCGGACAUGUCCUCUUUUUUUGGCCUAAAACGAAUUUCUAAUUUGCCCGGAAUUCGGCUUUUGCUUUCUACAGUCGCCAUUCAUUGUGUGCGUUUUUGUAUUAAAGCCCUGCACAGGACUGUUUUUUUGAUCCUGCUCCCGCUGAAUUUUGGGCCAUGACCGCCUGCUCACGCAAUCAUUCUAAUAUUAAAUAUAGUUUUUGUGCAUCAGGAAACCAGUAUCAUUUGUGAAGUAUUUAAAUCUCUGUUUCUCUUCACUUUCACUUUCAAUUUCGUGAUCACACGCACUCUGAUCUUACAAGAUGAGAUAUGAGCACAUUAUCUGCUGAGCAACAACUCCUCCAGCAUGAUUUGUCAGUCAUGUCUCCUUACUCUGGUCUUGACCCAUGAUCGGUUAAAUUUGAUUCCUGCAGCUUGUGUUGGAUGCAGGGUUGCCAAAUCCACAUUUUUGCACGGAAUUGGGCUGAUUUUAAAUUGUUGCGAAGGGUUGAUUUUUCUCCGUGGGUUAAAUGUUUGAUAUACUGCAUAAAUUACAUGUCACUGAAAUGCUUGCAUUGAAACAUUUUGCAUUGUACCCCUGAUAAAAUUUUGGGAUGGCCACUUGUAGGAAACCUUUUAGCUGUGUUUAUGAUCUAUCUGCACAAGGGUGACUGUAAAAUAUACAUUUUAGGUAUGGAAAUUAAAUAUUUUGAGUUUUGAUAUGGGAUAUGGUCAUUGUGCUACUUUGGGGGCUUUUUAAUUAUAAUAAUUAGGAUUACAAAGAUUGGCUUCUCAGAGAUCCAAAGUUAGCAUCACUUGGCCAGGUGUUUACAGUUGUGUUUGCACAGUUAUCUUACAAGGUAACAUGAUGUAACCUUGCUCUCACGUGAAAUAUGUCCCCACAUUAAUUCCUUGAAUUUUAGGGUAUUGGACCUGGAAAGUCCUUGAAUUUGAAGUUAACCAAAGUGUGGGAACCCUGUAACUGAUGGACUGGAGUGUUGUGGAUUACUUGUAGAUUAUUGUGAUGUUUUUAUCAGCUGUUUGGACUCUCAAUCUGACGGCACCCAUUCACUGCAGAGGAUCGGUUGGUGAGCAAGUGAUGUGGUGAUAAAUUUCUCCAAAUCUGUUCUGAUGAAGAAACAAACUCAUCUAAAUCUUGAAUGCCUUGAGGAUGAGUAAGCAAAUUUUAAUUUUUGGGUGAAACUUUAAGAGUUUACAACAUAACUUUAGGGAAAUGUUUUUUUUUUGGUUAUGUUAGCUGCUUGAGAUGAUUUUUGUGUUUUAUGUUGUUCACACAAUUGAUCAGAGGUUUCUCUGUGCACUGUGGCAGUGGUAGCAUUGUGUAGUUCAUGUAUAUAGAAACUCAGAGAGCUAUUUUUGCUAUCUGUACGGCGUAGAUCUCGUGAGCGGUGUCUCAGCACCUUACGGCAUGGUGUGCGCGUCUGUACGCGUGUAUUUGACGCUUGCAUGAUUCCUGUAUCAUUCCUAUAAUACGGAGCCCUGGAGCUCUAGAAAUUCGGGCUUCCCUCACGCUAGAGCUUGCUGGCACUUUAAAAGACAGUACCGAACAUACAGUAGACGAACCUAAUUUCUGGAAAGAACAAUAUGCGGUAGUGUUUAUUCCAGUUGAGAUGGUCUGCCCUUUUACCAAAGGAUGAAACGUAGAACAAAUAACAUACUAAACAGCCUAGUUGUUGAAUAUCUUGCAUUGCCAAGGCUUUUCGAUGUUCUGUGAUUUUCUUGAAUGGACAGCAACGGACAAAAUAAUGUUAAUAAAAAAAAUUGACAGGGAUUGUAAAAUAAAUGAUUUUUAUUUCUUGUGUCAGAUUUAGUUUCGUUUGCUUCAGCACUAAGCAUCUCAGAUAAUUAAUGUCGGUUUCGUCUGUGUCGUAUGUCCCAGGCUUGGGUUCGAGUGUGUUGAGUUUUCUAAUUCUACUUAAGAGUUUUGCGCUCCUUUUGUAUCUGGUCUGUACGACACUUUUAUUGUACCUUGAUGUCUGUUGAAACAAAUGCAACAUAUUUGAAUUUUUAUGUGUAAAUGGGGAAAUGGGUCGGGCUUGGGCGCAUUCGGUCUGUUCGUUUCUUUUAAAUUCUGACACGUAAAGGGAAUCUUUAUAUCAUUGUCGUUGCCAUUCCAAGUAUUUAUUUUCGUAAUGAACUUUGCGGUUCAGAAUGUAACUUUUUACAUGUUUGUGAACAAGGAUUUGUUUUGUUUUACAUCAGACACCUUUAAGAAGCGAUGUUUUCUUGUUGAAGGAACUAAUAAUGUUGACAGUGUUAGCAUAACCUCAAUGGCUCAUUCGGAAAUACACGUUUAUUGUAUUAAGCUAUGCAUGUUUUUUUUAAAAGUACACUGCAGUUCGUCCAACUUCGUUUAUCGCCACCUUUUUGGGUGGUUGUGUGUGGAAAUGAUUGAGAAAUUGUACUGCAUUUGUGUGUGUGGAUGAGUGCGUGUAUGUGUGUCGUCGCUAUAUCCCUUAUAUCUUACUGGACUGGCUGUGAGUGCCACAGCUUGUCAUUACUGUGUUUUCUUGUCAAACGUUUGCUAAAACUGCAUCAUAGCCUUAUUUUUAAACUCUAUUAAACUCAAUUUCAUGGGGAAUUCAC